AUGGUGUCAAAGUCGCCCAGCUCGGUGUCUGGUACGGCGGAGAAGAAGUCGAGGAAGGCUGUGCCGCCUCUAGAUGCCCCGGGAAGUCCGCCUCUCGCCGAGGAGACACCAGCACCGAAGGAGACCGAGGUAGCAGCUGUACCAAAUCCUGAGCCGGUCACUGCCACGGCCGUCGUGCCGGUUUCUGGACCAUCCAGCGAUACCUCCUCCUCGGACUGGGCAUAUGGCGCGGAAGGCGGAGCCCAUGUCGUCUUUGUCUACACCGGUACCUCGCCCAAAUAUAUCGGCAAGCUGCUCCGGAUCCGCAAGAUCAGCACGCAUCGGGAUGACCCGCUCGAAGAAAGCUCGGCCGUCUGGCGGCACCAGCUGCUUCCGCGAGUACUACCGUCGACUUUACUCGUGGAAGCGGGCGCGGUUGAGAUGGACGGAGAAUGGCUGCGGGAGCUGCUGGGUCGCGCGGAGGGGUCUCGCGCGGAAGAGAGGAAGAAGGCGGGUGGCUUGAUCAAGGAGAUCGGCGAUAGUCCGAGGGUGAGCAUGAUGGAGAACCUGCGGAUGGUUCCGGGCGGCUCAGCGGGGAAGCGAGUCUUAGCGGUCGAGAUCAAGCCGAAAUGGGGCUUCUUGCCUUCCGCAUCCUUCAUCUCUCCUCCCGAGGCCGCAGCCAUCAAAUCCCAGAUCGGCCGCUACACCCUUCAUCAACACUACCGCGGCAAAUCCACCGGGGAGGGUUCUUACGACCCUCUCGACCUGUUCUCUGGCGAUGAGGGGCGGAUCAGCCACGCUCUGGCUGGACUCUGGGGUAUCUGGAGGGAGACUGGCGGGCAAGCAAACAGCUUCAGGGUGUUUGUCGAUGGGAACAUUGUACAUCCAGACGAGGUGAGUCAGCUCUCGCGACCAGCACUUCUGCAGCUCACUGCGCCUAUCCUCAUCCCUCUCCUACGCAAGUCCGAUGCGCUACCCAUCCUCCGGAAACUACAAGCCAGCCUCGAUCCAACCGACAUCUCGGACAUCGUCGCGCGAUACCGCUCCGCCCAUCCGGACACUGAGCUAUUCGACGAGUCCACCGUCCCCGAUAUCCGGCCCGACGAGCUCAUCGCUUUCACCACCAAGUACCUCGCCGACCCUGAUGCCGGAUCAGCCUCGGACAGCUGGACGCUCCGAGAACGCAUCAUCGCCUACUCCCUCUCCGCCAUCUUCAAGGAUUGCUCCAUCAUCGUCCGUGCGGUUCUCGCGCCUGGCUCGGAAGAAGGGUGGACGAUCGAGGAUGAGGGGUCUACAGUGAAGCUACUGGACCUGGACUUGAAGCCGCUGAAAAUGCGUCACUGGGCAGAGCUGGAUGAGAAGAUCUGGAAGCAUUGGGCGGAGACGAAAGGG